CACAAUUUUGAUCAACAUGUUACGAGCACACAAACCUUAAGUUGAGCUUCAUCUUUUUACUUCUUCUUCUUCAUCUUUUUUUCUUCUUUUCUUUUCUUUUUUAACAAUAUAAUCUCGGUUUUUUAGACGGGGCAAGAGGGUGGGAAAAUGAGUACUUUUAGUAUUUGCUUGUGAAAAUGUUGACAGAUUUUGUGAACGAUUCUUAAUUUUUUUUUUUUUUAUUUUGUAGGAGAGUUCUCGGUCCACCAAGGGAUGUGUUGUCUGCGGCAGACGACCAGACGGACAUCACCCAGGCCAUGCAUUUGGCGGAUCUGGCCUGCAGUCUCGUCGACCUGUGGAAGCGCCAUCUGUACACGGACCUCAUGCUCAUCGUGGAAGGGAAGGUCCUCAGGUGUCACCGCGUCGUCCUGGCUGCGGCAUCGCCUUACUUCCAUUCCAGACUCUUCAACGGUAAACGGGAAUCCACGGUGGACAAGCUAUUCGUUCACAACGUCAGUAAACCCGUUCUCGCCAAUGUCCUCAAGUUCAUCUACUGCGGGAACUGCGAACUCACCGAAAGGAACGCGCAGCACUUGUUGAGAGUGUCGCACUUGUACGGAAUCAAAGGCUUGAGAAAGAAGUGCGACAGCUUCCUGUCGCAACACGUCACGGUUGCCAACGCGAUUCAGCUGUUCAAGAUGGCGAAGUACACGAAAUCGUCCAGUUUAGAGAAGGCCACGCGAAAGGUACUUUUGAAAAACUUCGUUUGUUUUGCCUCCAGCAAGAAAUUCCAAUCUCUCUCACUGUCUGAUCUUAUUUCACUUGUCAAAGACGAAGACUUAGUUGUGCCCAGAGAAGAUGUGUUACUCGACGCUGUGAUGUUCUGGGCCAAAGGUGACGCGGCAAAUCGACAGGAGAAUCUUGUACUCUUGAAACACAUUCGUCUGCCACAGGUGAACCGAGAACAUCUCAGUCAUAUUUUAGACAGUAAUAAGAUGCUCCAGGAAAAUGAAGAAUGUUUUAGUAUGAUACAGGAAGCGCAAUCUAUCCAAUCGGACCCUCGGAGACAGCAAGAGAUAGCACUGCCGCAGCUGGAUCACAGACAUGAACUAAACAUGGACGAGUGCAUAGUCAUUAUUGGCGGCGCGAUGUCGGGAGACUCAAAAUUUAAGUGUAACCAGUCUGUGGCCUGUUUGAAUUUGAUUUUGAAAAGGUGGUUUCCCUUGGCUCCACUUCCGUUUGGAUUCGAUUCGGGAACAGCAUCCUGUAUCUGCGGAAACGAUAUCUAUGUUUGUGGCGGAGGGGACACGAGGCAGGGGCUGGUUUUGUACAAAAGUGACGAAAAUGACUGGCACAUCUGUGCGCCGAUGUCGGUUGGUCGUCGCGGCCACGCGCUUGUUCCGAUUGGCUGGAAGCUCUACGUUCUCGGCGGAGCUGUCGGCCAUUCCCCGCAGGGUCGUCUGCUUGUGACAUCAUCGGUGGAAGAAUACAACAUGGACACGAACGAGUGGUCAAACAGUGGGGAGAUCGCCGAGGCCGUGUGGGGGAUGUCUACAGCGGUGUGUCAGGGCAAGGUGUACCUGUUCGGCGGUUACAUAGAUCGAGAGAACCCGACAGUCACCGUGCAAGCCUACGACCCAAAGUCUCAGACGUCGUGUAUAGUGAGUACUCUCCCUUUUCCAUGCGGCCUGUCGAGACCUGUCGUGGGCGACGAUGAGAUUCACCUGAUCUGCCCGACCGGAGAGAUUCUUCAUUCCACAGACUGUUUCACCUUCAAGCAGAUUGCCACUCUGCCUCACUUCACCAGAGCUCUGUUUGGGGUUGCCGUCUGCAAGGACGAGGUACUCCUCCUGGGAGGCAAGUACGGAAACGACGUCUUCGACGACAUCAUGGUGUUGGAUCUGAAGACGUUGUCGGUCAGCAGUAUGAGUGAGAAACUACACCGGCCAGUGUGGGGGUUUGCCUGUAACAAGACGGUCUUGCCGAGAAGACACAUGUGUUUGGCAACAUUUCAAGAGUACAAGGAAUAGUUAGGGCCAGGCAUGUACGUACGCAGCUAGGAGUAUUUGUUGUCCAUUAGGAGUGUGUGCGGGAGAUUGUACACGGGAGGGGA